AUGGCAGAUUGUCUUGUUCAAAAAUUAGCUUUGCCAACUGGAAAAAUUAUUGAAGUGAACACCGGUCUAUUUAUCAACAAUGAAUUUGUCAAAUCAGUUGAGGGCAAAACAUUCGAAACAAUUGAUCCUGCUACUGAAAAGUUAAUUUGUAAUGUCGCUGAAGCAACCGCCAAAGAUAUUGAUCGCGCGGUUGACGCUGCCACGGAAGCAUUUGAGAAAGUGUGGCAGCAUGUUGACGGCAAAGAACGUGGUCGAUUAUUGUAUAAGUUUGCCGAAUUGAUUGAGCGGGAUAAAGAAGAAUUAGCCGCAUUGGAAUCUUUAGAUAGUGGAAAAGCUUAUUCAAUUGCAUUAACUCAAGAUCUUGUUGCUUGCAUCGAUAUCAUUCGUUAUUAUGCUGGUUGGGCUGAUAAAAUUCAUGGAAAGGUUGUUGAGACGGGACACAACAAGUUUUGUUACACACGCCAUGAGCCAAUUGGUGUCGUAGGUCAAAUUAUUCCAUGGAAUUAUCCACUUGUGAUGUUAACGGUUAAAUUAGGCCCGGCUUUGGCAUGCGGAAACACUGUCGUCUUGAAACCAGCCGAACAGACACCACUAAGUGCUUUGAAGGCUGCAUCUUUGAUUAAAGAAGCCGGUUUUCCGCCCGGCGUUAUUAACAUCGUACCAGGAUUCGGUCCGAUUGCUGGUACCGCCAUUGCUAGACAUAUGAAAAUUGGAAAAGUCGCUUUUACUGGAUCAACUGCGACCGGAAGAAGUAUCCUCAAGGAUGCAGCUGAAACCAACUUGAAAAAGGUUACAUUAGAAUUAGGUGGAAAAUCACCAAAUAUCAUUUUCGAAGAUGCUGACCUUGACCAAGCCAUUAAAUGGGCAUAUUAUGGAGUCUAUGCAAAUCACGGUCAAUGCUGUACUGCUGGGUCGCGAGUCUAUGUUCAAGAUUCAAUUUAUGACAAGUUUUUGCAGAAAUUUAAAGAAUGUUCUCAAUCGAAAAAAAUUGGCAAUCCCUUUGAUCCUGAUACUUUCCAAGGGCCACAAAUAUCAAAAACUCAAUUUGAUAGAAUUAUGUCAUUUAUUGAAACGGGAAAGAAAGAAGGAGCAACUUGUUUUAUGGGUGGUAAAAGGCAUGGUGACAAAGGCUACUUCAUUGAACAGACCAUCUUCACUGAUGUGAAUGAAGAUAUGAAAAUCAUGCAAGAAGAAAUCUUUGGACCAGUCGUCGCAAUCUCAAAAUUUAAGACAGACGAAGAAGCAAUAGAAAAGGGAAAUAUGACUAAAUAUGGUUUGGCAGCUGCUGUUUUUACGAAAGAUGUUGCACGUGCAUUCAAAUUAUCGAGCGCGAUUAAAGCUGGAACUGUUUGGGUUAACUGCUAUAAUAGUGUUGACACUAAUGCGCCAUUUGGUGGAUAUAAAGAAUCUGGCCACGGCCGUGAGAAUGGCAAAUACGCAUUAGAACAUUAUACCGAAGUUAAAACUGUCCAAAUUAAUCUCGGUCUUAAAAUGUAA